AUAAACACAUAAAAAGAGGGGGGUUCUCACACAUAGAAAACAGAGAAGGGAAAACGGCAAUUUGGAGAAAACUGGUCGCUACACCACAAAGAAAGAAGGCCCGGAUUUUUCCAUUUUUUCUUUCUCUCAAUCAAGAGAGGCAACAGCGGCCAAGCCCUGAUCUCUCUUUCUCAAAUUGGAAAAACAGUCGUCCCCCUAAAAAAAAAAAACCGGCGACCCCCAUCUCCCAGAACCUGAGCAGCCGUUCCCACCUCCAAAACAAAAGCAGAGCCUCACCUCCACUUCCCUUAAGCCAAAACCUAACAGAGAGAGAACCAGCGCCUCCCUCCCUUUCUGAUGAUUUCAUCUUCUUCUUGCUCUCAAUCGAAAAAAGAGAUACACACACACACCGGUUGAGGUCGCUAGUUCGAGGUUCUGUUCGAAUUUUCUUCCGGUCCGUUUGGUGUUGCUUGGUUUCGUUUUGUUCUGGAAGAACGAUUAUUGAGGUGUAUCCAUUUCAUGAAGAAGUUUGUCUUCUCAAUUUAUUGACAGAAUUUCCAUAUCAAAGAGUUCAAUCGCCAUGGCUGCAAAUACCAUAGAUCUCAACACCAUGAAUGUACCAGCUGCGUACGCUGCUGCAGCGAAUCUGAUCCCUUUAACACAGGGCUUACCCGAGGAGAAUUGGAGCGAUGAUAAAAAGGGUGCGAUACCUAUCUGGCAUGUUAUCCCUCUUGACGACAACAAUACAGUUACUGUAGGUGCAGAGUUCUUGCAGCAAAUAUCCAACAACACCAUCUCUGUAAAGACUGCCAUAAAUUGUUUCAAGCUCGCAAUGAGUUUGAAAUCUCCUGACACUGGAGUUGCCGAUCCUUUACUGUCUCAAGCCGAUAGACCUGCUGCUGCAACAGCAAACCCUACGGUCUUAGCCAGAGAGGAGAUGCCUGCUAGCGAUACAUUCCCCAAUACACCGUACACGCUUCAAGCCCCUCAGGUGGUUCCUGGACCAGCGCCUGCUGUGAUUUUGCCUGUAGCUAACGCUGCAGCAGCUGCACAUGUAGCCGUUGUACCUCAAGCAGGAGAAGACACUCAGGAAGAGAAGCGCUAUGCCUACUGUUUCAUCGCUGCAUAUCUAAUGAAAUUGUUGGUAAAGUCUGCUGACAACGUUGUUACUGGGUUAACUGCUAUGAGGACCAGGUAUGAGGGAUUUUACGGCCCUGCAAGGACUGUUGCAACAUUUAGCUUAUCUCAAGCCCAGGCCAUCGCUUUGAAAAAAGGAUUGGCAAGCAGGGAGAAAAUAAUGGUGACGUACACUAUGGCAUUAGCUCACACUCAAUCUCAAGCUGCAGGUACUCUAGGUACAAGAGAAAUGUGGAUCCUGAAUUAUUUAGGGUUUUUGCCUUUUUCCUACAAUGGCCUUCAUGCGUACACAUUGCUGAUUGACCUAAAGAAUUUCUCGAAAGUUCCUUUGGGAAAGCUUAUGUCUUUAUUCCAUGUGAACAUCACGGCACCUGCCUUGAGCAAGAUUGCAUACAUAGUCCAAAAUCUUGAGAGGACUACAGAUAACCCAAACAGAGAUGUCUAUUUCAGAUAUUGCUCCUCAUGGGGUCCUCAGUAUUUCCAGAGCUUGAGGUCUAGGCACUGCACUCAUCUGCUAUACACAGUUGCCUGGGCAUGGAAGACUAUUGCACCGGGACAUCCUAAUGCAGACCCCGAGAACAUCGCAGCAAUCAGUUCUCUAUCUAGAACAAUGAAAACUACAUUGAAGCAAGCAGGGAUCAUCAUAGGAGAAUCUUUGAAGAAGAACUGAGUGGUAUCUCAGCAUCUCCAGCCUUUGCCAUGGCUAUUGCAGCAACGGAAGGUGAUGUUGAUGAAGAGGAUUGGGAAGAUCUGUGAUCACACUGAGAGGGGGUUAUGGUUAAAUUAAAUAAACUAUUUGGUUGUUAUGCUUAUAUUAUAUGUUUCACUUAUGCUUAUACCUUAAUAUUAGAUAAACUUUCCUAUAUGCUUUCAUUA